AAUGGAAUAAUGAUAUUCAGAAUGAAAAAGAAUAAAAUCAGAGGUUUCAGAGGAAUUGUUUUGGCCGGUUAAAGAUUUAACGGACAGGGUUCACGCUAAUUUGGUUGUAAAUACUACGGUAUGAUAUAUCCAAUGUAAAGUAAACCGUAAAUGUCUCGACAAUUAAAGUCCGUCGCUGUACCAGCAUAGGUUUCGAUUAUGGAAGGUAGAGGCAAGGAACAGAAACUCCUUAGGCAGAAUUGUUGCAAAAGUGUCCAGCUGUCAGCUAUAAAUAAUAGUUCCAAAUCUCUCCAGAAUAGCACUAGAGUAGUUUAAGAACCUAGGCGUUAUUGAAGAAGUGAAGUGCGCUGUCUAUGAUUAGAUUUUUUUCUCAAGUAUUCUAGGUAUUGUAGCGCCACCUAUUUAUGGUUUUUUGUCGGACACUUUUUGGUAUAAGAAGAUAAUGUUCCUUGCCUCUACCUUCCGUAGUUUCGAUUAUGUUUCGAUGUCAAUCCUACCAAUAGUGUCAAAAACUUGUUUUAUUUUAAUCCCAUAGUACAAAACUAGAAAUAUGAUGUUGGCGCUAUCUUUAAAAACCUUUGACAGUUGCCAACCCCAGCGGAGGUUUCGGCUUUGAAAUGAGCUCCCUAGGAAAGAUUUCUCAAGGGGGAUGGAUUUCUUAAAAAAGGAAUCGUGCAGUUUUUUUAAUGGGCGGCCACCAUGGAGUUGCAGGAGUCGAUAGGUUAUGCUGAUCGCUUACGAUCAGGUGGGUCGCAUACUUAGUUGCUACCGGCGUGGUUUAAGAAAAGACCGUGGUCGGAAAAUUUUCGCGUACCUAAGGUACCUAUGUUUUCGGGAAAAUAUUUGUUACGCUCCGUAAGGCCGUAAUCUCGUGCAAUACAUAACAUAACCGCAAACGUAAAAUUAGGUAACCACGUGAUUAUUAUUUUCAAUAGUUACCCACCCAUCUCUAUUUCUGAACAUCUAUGUUAUGGAGGGUAGAGGUAAUCGAUGUAGAUGUAGAGCGAUCUUUUUACUAACGCAAACUCAUUCAAAAGCAUUAACUCAUGGCGAAAAGCAAAUCACACCAUUCAAAAGUGACAAACUGAAAAUUCUUCUGUCAGUGUUGUAUUUACGUUCUUUCAGACGAAUAUUUUUCGCUGUUCAUAUUAUUUUGAGAUUAUAUUUUUAUCACAAUGCCACAGCAAGUGGAACAAAAGACUAUUGACCCUGAAGCGGAGCUCAGCAAUGUGCAGCGCAUGUUCAAGAAGCUCGCGCCGAUGUGCAGCGUGGAGAAGCGCGCCGGCGGCGAGCCGCAGCUUGCUCCUCAGGAGAAGCAGCUCGGCAUAUUGGCUCAUGAGCUUAAGGAAACUCUGCUGUGUAUCAACCUAGCAAAAAAAGGUCAACACGGCCUCCGCGACCGUUUAACGAAGAAGAGCACACGCCACUCGAUCAUGGAGUACGAGCAUUUGGACUUGGAAGUGCGAGAUGAGCGCAAUCAGCAGACCGAGCUGGAUUGUCUCAACUACCUCGCUGGCAAGCAGAUGCAGGAGUUGCUGAAGAAAGUGCCUACGGAAGCUGAUGAGCUGGCAAUGAUCGAAGAUGCAGCUGCCCGUCUCCGGCGCAUGGAGAACCGACUCGAUUUGGCCACCAAACGAUUCUGCGUCGUCAACUCUGACAACAAGCAUGUCCGUGAAGAAAUCCACCGGCUGAUGGUUGAGAGGAACAGCUUCAACAUCCAAUGGAACCGCACCAUCGGCAAGUUGGUGAAGGGCAAGGAAUACCUCAUGGACAUCUUCGAAAUCGCCGCCCUCGCCUUCGGAGACAGGGACGAGUGCAUCAGGAAGCUGGAGGCGUUGAAGUGGAAAGGGCUGUUCCAGCUGAACAGGGAUAUUGCGGAAAUGCAAUCCUACGAAGGCGAGAUUAACCACCUAGCUAAACUAGAAGAGUUCUUGCGCGUAAAGGGCUCCCGCAGAAUUUGCGAAGCGGAUGAGAUAGAAGAAGUGAAGAGGCAGGAGGAGAUCCAGCGAUGCGAGAGCGAGAUCGCGAGACACGACGCGCUGCUAAAUGAGAUCUUCCAAUACGCAGGCAACAGUCGCGUGCUCAGCGUCAUGAACAACUUCGUGGCGAACGAGAUGCAGAACUUCCAGUGCUUCGUGCUGCUGUGCGAGGUGCUGCAGGAGUCUAUCUUCCUGCGGCGAGAGCUGAACAGGGCGCGGCAGCUCAUAUUGGACCAGCGCGAUAUCAACGAGGCUCGAGAGGAGAUGCAAACCAAACGAUUAGUUAGCAUGAGACUAGCGCUCGAUCAGCAGAGGGUCAAGGUGCAGGAGAAGCGGGACCUGGAUGUAGCAGCGGAGAACACCAUCAUCAAGGUGCUGAAAGGCAUCGACGACUUAGUCAGAUUGGCUAAAUGCGACACCACGCCGCUCCUGUCGCUGCUCGGCAACCACCGGGAGACCACCAAGUGGAACGUCACUAAGUUCCUGCGGAUCCUCGAGGCUGAGGUCAAGAGCCUCAUCGAAGUUUGCUACGGUGCCGUUAAGCCACCAGCCCCGACUCCCAAAGGGCGCAAACCAGCGGAGCCGGCCAAGGUCAAGCUAGUGGCAGACCCCUACGUUGUGGCUCUGCGUCCCAACAGGAUUGAGAAACUAGUGCCCUACCAGCCGUGCGCUUACUGCGUGGAAGACUACAUCAUGAACCUGAUCUUCGAGACUCUAGCCGUCCCCGCCGACCGCGAUUAUGUGGAGACCAUCUUCCACCUUGAGGCCAUCAACACCAAGUUCGGGAUAUACACGCUAACUAACCCUGCAAAACGUCAUCCGUACAGGCAGAGUAAAGGAGAAUAGGUGGUUGAUUUUUCUCGACAAGACAAAAUAAUCUCUAAAUAUUAGAUUACGUAAAGUGUCUGUAGAUUCAGAGUUUUGAUAUAGAAUUAAAAUGUGAGUAUUUAAUUUAAUAAAUCUGUAUUACAA